AUGAAUGAGUUAUUGCAAAAGCAUGGUUGCUCCGUGGUGUUUAGUGUUCCUGAGGGUUUGAAGGAGCUUAUGUCAGAUAUUACCCGGGAAGUUCUCCGUGAACAACCCGAGAAAAUCUACGAGUUCAUAACAAACUACUUGUCAGUUCUGAUCCUCACAAGAGAGCAUGGUCUACUGGCAGUGAAACUGUUGGAUGAGCUCUGCGACUGUCGGCCGACUGUGUCAGAACACUUGCUGCAAUUAGGUCUGGAACGGGACACUGCUACGAUACUCUCUGAAGUGAUCAAGGAGGAGAUUGAGGUGUUUGAACCGGCUCAAGGAAAAGAGAAAGUAAGAGAAAUGUUAAUCCUGAAGAACAUUUUAACAAGGGUGUCUCUCGAUGAAGACAUGGCGGAGAGAGUGUGCCAAGUCAGCAGGAACGCCUACCGUGACUAUUGGUACAGGAAGAAGCUGAUGGAACAGGCUCUAAGAACACAACCAGAAGAGCCUUGGCAAAUUGCAGCUGAGAGGACCCUGGAAAUAUACAAGAAAACUAGGCCGUCAUACACUGAACUCAAUAGAGCUACCCAAAAGAUACAGUCAGCCUAUCGAGGUUACUAUGUCCGCAAGAAUCUUCUCCGCCACCUGAAGCUGAAGCCAAAGAAGACAGGACCCAAAGUGGAUCUGCCUGGACCCCCGAUAGAUAUCGCCGCAUCCAGAACCAUAGAACUGGGACCUGUUAUCACUCUGAACGUAGUGGAAGAUAACGUGAUGGGUAUGUACGAAAGGCAGACCAGUAAGAAACUGGGGCUCCAGUACGACCCCAUGAAGACCAUAACCCAUGUGAACGAAGCUUAUGAAGAGCCGAAACUGCCCUCGGUACGCCCCAGCGAGAUCACUAGGAAAAUAUCCAUUCUGCCGAGGAAAGAGGAUUGGUCUGACAUGAAGCGAAAGCAAAGUAUUGCUUCUCAUCCGACCACGACGCCGGCCUCUUCUGUUCAUAGGAUUUCAUUCGCUGGGAUAGUCAACAUUGAUUUUGAUGUUGAUGAUGAUGACGAUGAGCCUGAGAUACCUGAAGAUAUAGCGCCGCCAUUGGUGGAGAUAGCUCCUGAAGUGCCGGAUGAAGCUCCUAAUUCAAGAAGCGACGGUGAUGGUAGAAGUACUCCGUCUUCGGCUCCAGCUAGCACUCCUCGCGGCGAUACUGAUGCAGAAGAAUAAAGUUUGUCAAGUACUGAGAGAGUAUUAUGUAUACGAGUCUGA